CUUCUUGUACGUAGUGACAGUUAGGGUUUGAUACUGGUCUAUCCAACCACUGUCUCGCCGGCAAAAAUGUCCGAAGAGAAGAAAUUCCCGACCAAGAAACAAACGAGAGGGCGGCAGAAGAUCCCCAUCAAAAAGAUCGUCGACCGCGCGCGCCGCCAGGUCACAUUCUCCAAACGCCGCGAGGGAAUCUACAAGAAGGCGGCCGAGCUCUCCGUCAUCUGCGGGGCCCAAGUCGCCGUCAUCUUCUUUUCCGGCAAGGGGAAGGCGUUCACGUGCGGCUACCCCAGCGUGGGCGCCGUGCUCCGGCGGUUCGAGCAGCCAGCCGCCAAAGCGGCGGCCAGUCCGCCUCCUCCUCCGUAUCUGGAGGCGGUGGGGCGGGAGAUAGAGGCGCUGGAGGAGGAGAGGGAGAGGCUGGUGGAGGGCAUAGAGGAGGAGGAGGAGGAGGAGAACAAGGGUGGGGAGUGGGAGGGCAUAAAUGUCUUUUGGUGGAAUAGGGAUGUUGAUGAAAUGGGGAGUGAAGAAUUGGUGGAAUACAUGGCUGCCUUGGAAGCUUUGAGGGCUAAAGCUGUAAUGAAGGCUAGAGGUUAAGUUAAUAGUGUAGAUGUAAUUAGGCUAGUAAGGAGUAUUUGUUUCAUGAGUAGGUAGUUAUCAGGAAUUGGAAUUGAACCAAUGUCUCCCUACCUUGAAUAAGUUUCACUUUUAGUUUUAAUUAUUCAAAUAAAAGACUAAUUUGACAGAAAAGUCAAAUUAGACGAAACACUUAGAAUUCGAGCAAUCAAUCGAAAGUAUGGAAUAUAUUGUGGAAUUUAGGGACGAAAAUGAAUGAGAAGCCUAUUA